GAGAUGGCCGCCCAGGCGUCUCUUCUGGAUUCCCAACUCGGUUAACUUGACAUUCUGACUCCCGAGGUGGAGGGCUCAGGUUACUGCCUGUGGCCCCUGAGACUUGUCAUUCUGCAGACUUUUGACCCGGAGGCCCAGACCCCACCGGAUGCUCUGAGUUACUGAGGGCUUGCGUGUCUUUCGGAGACAAGGAACAGCUGACAUGUGUGAGGCAUUAUCCCUGUCUGCUCUCCUUGGCACAUUGUGGAGCCCCGGGGGAGUUUCCCUUUUAAAGAGGUGGCCCGUCAAAGCUGGAGGACUCGGGAGCAGCCUGCCAGUCUCUCUGGGUUUCAGUCACAGGACUGAAGCCACAUUUGUACCCCCCGACCUGCGUGUGUCCGUGGCCAGGGCAGAGGUGCCAAGGCAGCUGUGGAAGCAGAUCCCUGGGGACGUUUGGAACUAUCUAGGAAACAAAUGUUGACCCUCUGGUGGUUCUGGCCUCUGCUGGCCAUCUGUGCUUCCGACUCCUUCCGGGACCGGGCGCUGGAAAUCAUGAGGAACACACCGGUCAUCGACGGGCACAACGACUUGCCUUGGCAACUGCUGGAUUUGUUCAACAACCAGCUGCAGGACCAGAGGGCGGACUUGAACACGCUGACUAAAACACACACCAACAUCCCUAAGCUGAAGGCUGGCUUUGUGGGGGGCCAGUUCUGGUCUGCGUACUUGCCUUGUGACACCCAAAACAAAGACGCUGUGAAAAGAAUUUUGGAACAGAUGGAUGUCGUACACCGAAUGUGCCAGCUCUAUCCCGAGACCUUCUUGUGUGUCACCAAUAGUUCAGAUAUCCUACUGGCUUUCCAGAGUGGGAAAGUGGCCAGUCUGAUUGGCGUGGAAGGCGGCCACCUGAUCGACAGCAGCCUGGGCGUCCUGCGGGCACUCUACCAUCUGGGCAUGCGGUACCUGACCCUCACCCACAACUGCAACACGCCCUGGGCCGACAACUGGCUGGUGGACAAAGGAGAUGACAAGGCUGAGAGCCAAGGAUUGUCAGACUUCGGGAAGCGCGUGCUGAAGGAGAUGAACCGCCUGGGUGUCAUGAUUGACUUGUCUCACGUGUCUGUGGCCACCAUGAAGGCUGCUCUGCAGCUCUCCAAGGCUCCGGUCAUAUUCAGCCACUCCUCUGCCUACAGCCUGUGUCCACACAGGCGGAACGUACCUGAUGAUGUGCUCCAGAUGGUGAAGAACACAAGCAGUCUGGUGAUGGUUAACUUCUACAGUGAGUUUGUGUCCUGCUCAAAGGAUGCCAACUUGUCCCGAGUGGCUGACCACCUGGACUACAUCAAGAAGGUGGCGGGCCCUGGGGCUGUGGGCCUUGGAGGAGACUAUGACGGUGUUCCCAAGCUUCCUGUGGGGCUGGAGGAUGUUUCCAAGUACCCAGAUCUGAUAGCAGAACUUCUCAGGAGGAAAUGGACGGAGACCGAGGUCAAAGGUGUACUAGCUCACAACCUGCUGCGGGUCUUCUCUGAUGUGGAAAGGAUAAGCAAUGACAUGCAAGGCAUGCAAGGUCCUGAGGAAGAGCCUAUCUCCCUGGCCAAGCUGGAAGGCGGCUGCAGGACACGCUACGGCUACUCACAGGCCCCCAGCAUCCACUUCCAGAGAGGGGCCCUGUUGGCCUCCCUGGCUCCCCUGCUCUUCAGUCUGCAUCUCCUGUGACAUCCUAAGGACCAGAACCUCCUUCAGAGCGCUCAGAGCUCAUGGAACACUGGACAAGCCCAGGGCCCUGCUGCCCAUGCAAAACCACACCCUCUCCCGAACAAGCAGUGUGCCUACCUGGGGACAGCUCAAGGCCUUCAAUAAACACAGCUCUUUAAGUCCUGA